GGAUACAAUAGAUGGCCAGAUGACAUACAAGUCUAUCUCAGUGCUGGGGUUAUCCCCACAUCGAUUGUGGAAGAGGCUGGUGGUCAGUUAUUAAGUGUGAGGGAAAACCUCAUCCCAUGGAUUAGCUUUUGGGUUUGAAAAGGCCGGAUGACUAUUACUUUCGCUAGCUGUUGCCAUGGCUAUCUAUGAGUAUUGAGAUUAAUUAAGGUUAAGAUAAAAGGAUAACAUACCUACUCUGUGAAUCUGACUGGUAACCUACCGUAGCCCCCCACCCAUGCCCAUCUAUCUAUAAAAGGCCCCAAGCCAUUUGCUUCAUCCCAUCCCUCCACUCUUUAUUCCCCCUCCUAGUUGCCUCCCUCUUCUCCAACUACCACCUGCAUAUAUAUUAUAUAGUAUUCCCCACACUGCAUCUAUCUAGCUAGCUAGCUAGUUAAGUGCGUUUUUCAGAUUAGCAGAUGGGGGAUCUGAGGGGUGAGUUGGAGGUGGAAGUAGAGCUCAAGUCUCCGACUGACAAGUUCUAUGAUGUGUUUAGGGGUAAGGUACACCACCUACCCAACUGCACCCAGAGGAUUCAUGAUGUCAAGCUCCAUGAAGGCGAGUGGCACUCUCAUGGUGCCGUCAAGCAUUGGACCUAUGUCCUCCCCGAUGGAAAAGUGGAGAGUGGAAAAGAAAAGUUCUAUAUAGACGAUGAGAAUAAAACGCUGAAGUUUGAGUUCUUUGAAGGAGACCCAUUGAAGGACCUCAAAGUGUACAACGGAAUACUGAAGGUGAGUCCCAAGGGCGACAAAGGUGGAGUGGCGCACUGGACCUUAGAGUACGAGCGACGCAGCCCAUCCAUCCCUCCCCCUCAUCACUACCUCGACUUUGUCGUACAUCUCACCAAAGAACUCGAUGCUGCUCUCACCAGCGCUUAAUUCUCUUCUCCAUCUAUAUAUAUUAAUCCACCUACCUCCUCGAUCAUUUCCAUCCACAUCUAUUCCAUAUGUAAUAAACUCCCUCUCUCUUUAUAUAUAUAUGAGUGCAUGCAGUAAAAGGGAGCUGUUAUUGGCAUAUAUAUGCGUGUUAUAUUAUGUAUAUAUGUGUGUUUUCAAUACCCCUCUGCAAGGUAUGUUAAGCUUUUCUAUGGUAUUUUAUGAUCUGACCUGAUGGGUCGUCCGUCAUGCCUGUCUGGCCAAUUCGAAUGAAUGGUCUUGUUUGUUUAAUAAAAGCUCUAGUUCGAUAA